AUGGUUUUGCAUUUCAUUUUUCCGAACCCAAACGGGCCAUAUCAAGCCUAUCCUCGUCGCCAGGAUAGACAGUUUCAAGAACCCAAUGCUAGAAACGCUCAGGGCUUAUUCCCUCCAGACGCUUGUGUCUUCGUUGGAAAGCACGUACCCCUAUCCGUCUUCCUGGCAAUCAUAUGGAUACUGACGUCUAUCAGUUUGGCAAUUGGUAUCAAUCCUGAGACACUCGCACGAGAUGUGCAGGAGAAAUUCUCUUCGAUUGGAAGAUGCCAUGUCAAGAUCAAGCUCGACAAACGCAAUCUCCCUGGGGCCUUUGUGCAAUUUGAGAAAGUCGAAGAUGCCGAUACUGCACUGGCUUGGGGAGAAAACAUCAAGCUUCACAACCGCUGGUUGCGCAUCGAAAGAGCCAGGGGAAAGAGAACGGCAUGCUUCGGCUCCCGGGACGGGGCGCCAGUCACCCAAGACCACGUCUCCAUGGCCCUCGGCUGGCAGGGUCCCAUUGAAGCAUGUGGCUUCGAACACGCUCUCAACCAAUUCGGAAUGUGGACUAUCAUCUGCAAAGUGACAUUUGCCUUUGUUGACGACUUCAAAGACGCCGUCAAGGCAUUCAAGAAAAAUCCAGUCUACUACCUCAUUCCGCUGGAUAUCGAGGGCAGUCCUCUGGUGCCCAGACCCUACCGACAACCUCCGUAUUACAAUAACAGCAACGACCCAUCGACCCGGCGCCGGCGCACCAAGGAAAUUGCUGACCUUAUGCGCGACAAGGGCCACACACGGGUCCCCCUACCGGCAGAACUCCAGCCGAAGACCGGCCACACCGUCGAAGAAUAUGUCCGCAAAGAGGCCCAUAGUAGAGGCUACGACCAGGACGAGCAACUCCUCCUCGAUGUGAUCCAGGACCUGGAGAACGAACAGCGCGCAAAGCAUCUCCGGGAAGAAUGGAGCACGCCGUCCUCAGACAAUUCCACCGCUCGUACGCCUUCUGCAUCAAUGUACUCGUCCGGCUCGGCCUUUGACUCCUUCUCUACGGAUGUCCAAAUCAGCGAAGCUGGGCCCCAGACUCAACCUCAGCCUGAGUAUCUCGAAUCCACAAUCGACCACUUGCUCUCCGGCGACUCGUCUACUGCGGGUUUGCCCAGGUCCACAAGCACUAUCCGGAGCCGAUCUCGCUCCAAGUCCAUCUAA